UAUCGUGAGGUUUUUUCCCCCUCAAAUAUCAAGACUUCAACAUGGCGACGGGGGGAUUUCAGAUAAAUAAUACAAGCUAGUGUUUAAAUUUAAUAACAAGUUUGUAACUAGUUGAAGAGUAGUAUGCAGGAAACUAGCCGCUCGCUACUGACAGAAACGUACACAAAUCUUUAAUAAUGGAAACGCGGGGUAUAGAGCAGAUGUUUGACUUUCAGCGGUUGCCAGGUGAUGGGCUGAUGCUGCUACUGCUGCUGCUGUACUCCCCAGUUGGCCUUUGCUUAAUGAUACUACGUAUAUUUAUAGGUGUUCAUAUAUUCUUAGUGAGUUGUGCACUUCCUGACAGUUUUGUAAAACGAUUUAUAGUCCGAGUCAUGUGCUCUGUGCUGGGCCUGCAUGUAAAACAGAACAACCUGCGCUUAAGGGACAAAAAUGUCAAGUUGUAUGUCAGCAAUCACGUUACUCAGUUUGACCACAACAUUAUUAACCUCCUUACCUCCUGCCACACUCCACUGUUAGAGGGCCCUUCAGGGUUUGUGUGCUGGGCACGGGGCUUCAUGGAGCUGGGCACUGUGACGGGCAGCAGGGCUGAGCUGGCACAGACCCUGCGUGGGUAUUGCUCUGUUCCUGAAGCUCUGCCCUUACUACUCUUCCCAGAAGAAGACACAACCAACGGGCGUGCUGGCCUGCUCAAGUUCAGCUCCUGGCCUUUCUCUGUGUCAGAUGCUGUACAGCCUGUGGCCCUGAGGGUGAAGAGGCCCUUCAUUGCUGUGAAUGUAACUGAAUCUUCGUGGCUGACUGAAUUGCUGUGGACGUUCUUUGUCCCGUUCACAGUGUAUCAAGUAAGGUGGCUUCCUCCAGUACAAAGACAAGAUGAGGAAUCACAUCAAGAAUUUGCCAACAGAGUCCAAGAGCUUCUGGCCAACGAGAUCGGCGUUGUCUCAACUCAAAUCACCAAAGCAGACAAAGCUGAGCACAUCAAAAGGAAAAGGCACACGGUUUCCCACACCACACACCUGGAUCUCGGGGCCAGACCCCGUACUGUGGCGCAAGGUUUUCUGGGCUCGAGCACCGGAGCAGAUGACCCUAGAGUAAUGCGGAUGGCGCAUCAGGUGAAGGAAGUGCUACCAGAUGUCCCUCUGAGUGUCAUCACUAGAGAUCUGUUGCACACAAACUGUGUGGAUACAACUAUUACCAACCUGCUGGAGAGCACUGAGCAGUAUCAUACAACACCUACAGAAGCUGCACCAUCAGGCUCAUCAGGAACUUUAACCUCCACCGCUCCUUCUGUUCCUGCUCCACCACCUAAUCUAAAGCCAGCUGCCAAAUUGUUUGGGAAAUCACCAUCAGACAGACACAUGUCUUUACAGGAGAGAAAAGCAGCCUUGUAUGAGUAUGCAAGAAGACGUUACAUUGAGAAAUAUGGCCUGGAUCUAGAGGACGACUCAUGAGUGUGGACACAUCGCUCAAGUUAAUUGAGGGACAGUUAAUUGGAGUUCAAACAACGUUCCUAAAACAAGGAGAAGAAAGAAUUACACUGACUUUACCUGCAGCAUUUGUGUUCAGUAAACAUAUGAAAAGAAUGGCUGGCAAUAAGAGGUUUGGAAUAAGUUGACUUCAAUGGAUUUUUAUUAAUCCUCUUGCAUGGCAAUCAUGCAUGUCUUUUUAAUGAUUUCUCUGCUACAGGAAAAAAAAAAAAAGAAAAAAGAUUAUUUUGGUAAACAGUUUGUACUACACCCCAGUACCAGUGGAACAUCUCAUAUUAUUUUUAUAAAGUUCAGAAUUAGAAAGCAGGAGCUUGGCAUUGUUAUGGUACUGAACAAAACCCAGUUGCGGUUAUGUUGUAAAGAUAUGUGUUGAAUCCGUAUCAGACAUUAAAGAUCAUUUAUACACGAAAAA